GUCUUUCCAAACGUAGUGCUUUACGCACCAUCCCAUCAUCUGCAAACUAGGCUGCAAGGGAAACAAGCAAGCUGCUGCCGAUCGAACUGAUUGGAUGCACCUCCUGUAGGUGCGCGGCGGCCCAAACAUGAGCCCCUUGGAUUCGCUCAACGGCACCGACGCCGGCCAGCAAGUGAAAUGGGACGACUUGCAGCACCGCUACCACGAGUUCUUCCUGGUGAACGAGAGCCUGGAAGACUUCCUCAAGCCCACCUUCAGCGACGACAUCACCAAGCACCAGUUCGUCCAGAUCGCGCUGAUCGUGGCCUACUCCCUCAUCAUCCUCCUGGGGCUGGUGGGCAACACGCUGGUCAUCUACAUGAUCAUCCUCUACAAGAACAUGCGCACCGUCACCAACUUCUUCAUCGCCAACCUGGCCCUGGCUGACCUGAUGGUGGACACCAUCUGCCUUCCCUUCACCCUGGCCUACACGCUGCUGGACGAGUGGAAGUUUGGGGCCGUGCUGUGCCACCUGGUGCCCUACGCCCAGGCCCUGAGCGUGCACGUGUCCAUCCUGACGAUGACGGUGAUCGCCCUGGAGCGCUACCGCUGCAUCGUCUUCCACCUGGAGCGCCGGCUGUCCAGGAGCGCCAGCUUCACCAUCAUCGGCCUGACGUGGGCGGCCUCGGCCGUGCUGGCCGGGCCGCUGGCCAUCUUCCGGGAGUACCGGCGCGAGGAGAUCCCCUACAUCGGCCUGCACAUCGCCGUGUGCUCCGAGAAGUGGCCGCACGGCACCAACCGCGACGCCGUGAUCUACAGCCUGUCCAUGCUGCUGCUGCAGUACGUCAUCCCGCUGGGGGUCAUCAGCUACGCCUACGUCUGCAUCUGGGCCAAGCUGCGCAACCACCGCAGUCCGUCCAGCCGCAGCGGAGACAGCCUCCACCGCCGCAAGAAGACCACCAAGAUGCUGGUGGUGGUGGUGCUGGUGUUUGCGCUGUGCUGGCUCCCCUUCCACAUCUUCCAGCUGGCCAGCGACCUGGACCUGGUGCUGCGGUUCAAGGAGUACAAGCUGCUCUACACCAUCUUCCACAUCGUGGCCAUGUGCUCCACCUUCGCCAACCCGCUGCUCUACGGCUGGAUGAACAAGAACUACAGGAACGGCUUCCUCAUGUUCUUCCGCUGUGAGCACAAGCCGGACACCAUCCACCCCGAAGGAUCCUUCAAGACCCGAUCCAAAAGGGGCCUGAUCGUGAACGGUGGCGGCGGCCACCACAACAACAACGACGGCGGCGGCGGGCACCAACCCACCGCCGUAUGAGAUGGGAGAUCUUUGAACUCGUCUCGACCUCUUUUUGUUUCGCUCGUGUGGAAGCGCGGCCGGAGGGUGCUAAGUAGGGCUAUUUAUUUUCGAGCAAGUGCCAUAUGGUUUGCGGAUUCCGCCGAUGGUGUCCUCUUGGUAUGGUAUAAGCUCCAGAGCAGCGUGAGCAGCUGUGGGUGUUGGCAACAAGCUGUCUUGUGCUAAUUGCAACGGCUCCCCGGAGCAGCAGCACUGAGAGAUGCAUUCAUUCAACUUUGAUGUUCUGCAAGAGCACAAGGGAAUAAUAAUGCUGUAAUUAUUUAAAACACGGUGUAAAUAUUAAAGCUAUCCGUUCGCCCCAAGUAUGUUGAUACAAGAAAAACUAUUACGCAUUGCUAUUCUGAUAAUACUGCCAAAAUUAAUUGGCUGUGUUCUCAUCGCAAAUUAUACUGCACAGUAAAAGACAAACCACAUUUGGAACUGUAUUAAGCAUACUGUUUAACCGAUUAAUGGUCAUACAACGAAGCCAACCAACAUACUGUAUGUAAUGCUAAGAUGUUGCAUGUGCAUACAUAUGGUAUUCUUAAAGCACAGCUGGUACUUGUACCAAGGCAAAUGAAAUGUACAAGUACGCAUAUUAAUAUUGUAUAUGAUGACAAUGUAUAUGAGCAAUCUGCAGUCGUGUGUGUUUCCAGACAAGGCAUUAAAUAACGACUACUCUGUGUCUUCUGCUCAGCAUAAGGAAUGAGAUAAGGAUGGCACUGCACUGGCAGAAGCUGACAAAUUGACUACUGUAUAUUAUG